CAAACAUGGAAGCCAAAACAGGAAAGGACACGGCGUGACAGGGAAUGGGUGGGGAUGACUUUCUAAGUGUUUUCCACUUACUUCAUUGAUCACACGAGACGGGCAGACGUGCAGAGAGCAGACUGUCGCACGACUGACUGACUAUUGGAAAAUGUAAUUACAGCAGAACAAACUGUCAGAACCGAAGACCUCCUCAUAGUGUGAGAAACCACUGCUGCUGGGAUUGAGAUCGAGAAGUAUGGAGGACUCCAGCCUGGUCAGAUGUGACAGUCUGGAUGCUGGGUCAGGGUGUAACAGGGAGGUGAUUGACCACAUGACCUUUGACGUCGAGGGCUCUGACCCCAUAGCAAACCUGGAGCCCUCACCAGCAGAACUGGCUCAGUGUGAGGCUGAAGUAGGGACGCUGCUCAGCAUCAUCGCUGAACUGAACAAGAAGAUGGGCUCAUUGAAGCCCCCAAGUGAACCAGGGGACCUGAGACCAACAGGACUAUCCAGGCCUUUGGUUCCUGACCUUCUGUCUCACAGACUCGUCAGACGAAGCCCGGAGAGACAAACUGCUUCUGCUGCCGCAUCGAAAUCUUCACUGACUGACAGAGUGGGCGGUGGUGUAGUCUGGACAAAGCUGCAGGAGGUGUUAUCAUCAGUGGAGGACUCCAUCAGCUGUAGAAGAAACUGGGCCGCCCCCAUCACCACCUCCGACCACGAGAGGCACAAAGAGCAUCUGAGAGCAGCUCAGGAGAGCCGGGUCAAAGCCACUCAGAUAUUAGAGGAGAUGGAAAAGGAGUUUGGGAUUUCUUGCCCAUCGGUCUUACCAAAGGAGCUUCAUCAGAGGGACAACCUGGAUCUGGAGAAACACGACUCUCCUCUCAGAGGCAUCUUGCACAGUCACCAGGAGGAGCUGGGGAGAGCACAAAGCACCAUCAGCCAGAUGGAAGAGGAAAGGAACAAGCUGGUGAGUCUCCAUAAGGCCUGGCGGUCAGGCAGCCGCUCUCCUUCCUUCUGGUCCACGACUGGAGCUCUCAGUCCAGACGUGGGCUCUCCUCCCUUCCCCAGUUCUCCUUCCUUCCCCGGUUCUCCUUUACUGCGCAGAAGAACAUCCAGAGCUCUUACACCUCUGUCUGCUGCUGGAGAUGGCUCUCCGCUGGGCUCUGUCAACUCAGGCAGCCCCUGUCCCAGCCCCAUCAGCCUGGAGACCGAGACAGAGCGACUGAACAGGUACAUCGAGAGGCUGAAGGCCAGAAACGAGCGUCUGACAGCAGCUCUGGAGCGGAGGAAGGGAGAGUCGGAGCAGAUCAGCGUUACUCUCAGCAGACUCGAGUCCGACUGCUCUGCCCUGCAGACGGCUCUCAAAUACUGUGAGGAGUGUGAAGAGGCCUACAGUGAGCUACUGUCACUCUAUGAGGCCCAGAAGCAGCAGAGCAUUCCUCUGCAGACGGACCCAGCAGAAGAGGUCGGUGACAGGCAGCAGCCCGACAGUCCAUCGUCUGAGCUGAGAAACAUGGGAAGUGAGGAGCUGUCCACCUCCUUCUCAACAACAGGGGUCACAGAGGAGACAGAAACACAGAGUCACACAGGGCAGAGGUCACCUGAGCUGGCGAAUCGAGAGGCUACUCUCCGUCAGCAGAUUGAGCGUCUGAAGAGGGAGCGGGCGGCCAUUAGCCUCCCUAAACCACACCAGCAGCAAGAGAGCCAACUGAGCCCUGAAACCAGUCACAGAGCUGGGCCCAGAGGGGGACACGUGACCAGAGACAACUUCAGACCUCUUGAUGCCAAGAAAGAGAAGGCUUCCGUCUUCUAUGAACUCAUUUCUGUCAGGGAGGAGAUGUCAGAUCUGCGAUCUCUAAUCCGCCUCAAAGAGAAGGAGCUGAGGUGCCUUGAGUGGAGUUUAAUGGCCCAGAAAGCUCAGGAAGCAGCUGGAGUCUUUGUGCCAGAAAGUCUCCGAGAGGAGCAGGAGGAUCGUAAGAUGGAGAAACAGAGGUUCUGUGAGGCUGCAGCUAAACUGGGUAGUGACGGGGACAUUGUUGAAGCCCGAACCAGAUCCAUUCUGAAAGAGCUGCAGGCCGUCCUACAAAGGGAACAAGCCCUGAAGAAGAGAUUGGCUUUAGUCCAUGACUCAUCGAACACAGCUCUCUCAGACAGAAGAGACAGCGGAGAGUUUGCACGGCUAACACAGGCUCACAGUAAAGCCUUGAGCUCGUACCGGCAGAUUCGCAGGAAGUACCGGGAGCAAGUAUGGAGGCUGGAGCAGAAAGUGGCGGCCAUGACGGACAGCAACCGCAACCAGAGUGGAGCGUCCAGAGCUGCAGGGGAGGCCGUGGAGUGGAGGAGGGAAGAGACUGUUCUGUGACUCUUCAGUCAGAGAAUCAGCACAGCCAAAUCAUACAGUUUAGAUUUCUACUUUGUUCAAGUCACUUAAAAACUAAAUAUAAAUAUAUAUAUAUAUAUAUAGUUUAUAUUCUUAUAUAUUCUGCUAAUUGCCUUGAUUGAUGGUGUGAAGGGACAUUUAUGAUCAUCUAUUUGAACUAAAACACAAGAAGCUUUGUAUUCUCCUUGUCCAUGUUGUGGAGAAAGCAUGUGAACCCCUGAGGCUGAUGACAUCAAGAGUCUUACUGGAGUCAGGAGUUAGCAAACCAGUUGUGUAGAUAUUCAUCUGUGCAGACUUAAACAGAAACCUGUUUCUUAAUGGGGAUGAUUUAUUACCGUGGCUGCUCACACCUGUUUCUCAGGAAUAUUUCAAAUCAAAGUUAUUUGUCUAUGGGCUCUUUUACACAGAGCAUCUUUUGCACUUCUGUCCAUCCUGGGAGAACUGGAACAUCUUUGUUAAUGAGUCCACCAACACAAACUGGAUAUUAUUUUUCCUGGCCCUAUCUCUGUCAACCCAGUGAGCACAUGUGAAGCAGUCGGUUGAGGCAUUGAUCGGCUCUGGAGAGGUAAAUAUAGAGCAGGUGGGGCAGUAGAACAUGGAAACGCAGUGAAUUCCCCCUGUUCAACCCCUUGUGAGAGUUGCCAAUAAACCAAACAGGAUUCCAGAGCUUAACUUGUCUGGCAGGACUCACACAUCACAAGACACAUUCCUUAUUUCAGAGAAAUAGCUGUCAUGCCGGCUUGAAUGUGUUGGGCUGACUCAAGGACUGAACCCACUGAGGAUCGCGGGACUGACCUCCACAGCGCACAUCUCCUUUUCCUUUUUUUCCCAUACAAGCUGACUCAAUAAAGCCUCGGCUGGCCGGCUGUGCUUCCGUGACAAUGCUCCGAGAAAGGAGGGGGAUGGGGCCCGGGACAAUGGCUGAUGUGCACACAAAAUGUACGGCCAGCCCAUUUGUCUUCUUUGCACUUUCAUAGUUCUCUCCAUCUUGAUCUCUCUGCCUUCACUCACGGGUCAGUUCAACCAAAUUAUAGACAAAAAUCCCCCCCCCUCUCUCGUGGUAUCCAGACAUCCAGAUGUACUUUUGAACCCAUGGAUUUUUUCACAGGUUGCAUGUCUGUGAGUUGUUUUCAGUGGAGCUAAGAAAACAUAUGCUGAUUAAAAUGAAAGAAAUUCA